AUGGCAAAAGUAGCCAAACUCAAAAUGUCUAAUCAAUGGCGAAAGCUGUUAAUACGAGAAUAUAAUGAGAUCACUAUGGUGAUGGCUGGAUCCAUAAUACAGAAGAACAUUCCUUUUGAACUGGCAAGAACAUGUGCUCCUCGAAUCGACAAGGGCCAGCCAUGCCAAGUGGGCACAAAUCUUAUAUUCCACUUGUUUUUCUCAUAA